GUCAACACCAUGCAAAGUAAAAGAAAUCAUCCCGAUACGCACAGUGUCCGUCAACGUUGAUCAUACUCGUACCUACUUUGACAAUCUGCAGCUGUUCAGAAUCGCUUCAAGAUAGCCUACCAUGUCAUCAUCUGAUACCGAAACCGUCCUGGUAGUUGGAAGCACAGGCAACAUCGGCGUAGCAGCCGUGAAAGGCGCUCUCAACUCAAAACGCAACGUUCUAGCGAUCGUCCGAAACCAAGCUUCCGCCGACAAGCUCAUCAGACAUGUCGGAUCAUCGCAGGGGAUCACCUUUGCAGAAGCCGACAUCUCGUCCGACACGGGUGUUCAAAGUGUCGUCGAAAAGGUGCGAGAAGGGCAACUACCAGCCUUCCAGCACGUAUACUCUUGCGUCGGCGGCGAAUACGUUUCCACUCCCCUUACGGAAAUCACAACGGAACAACUACGCUACAACUUCAACAUUGCCUUUGAGGCGAAUUUCUUCGCCUACCGCGCCACCGUUCCCUAUCUCCUUGCUCAGAAGCAUCCCACCAGCACCUGGACUCUCUGCACUGGCGCGCAGGGCGAAACUGCCUUCUUUCCUGUACCAGGCAUGACGCAAGGCGCCCUGUUUACCAUGAGCACGGCCGCAGCCCGCGAGAACGAGAAGACGAAUGUACGGUUCAAUGAAGUGUAUCUUUGCUUUCGGGUCGAGGUUGAUGAGCAGGCGGAGAAGCAUGGGGUUACGAACGCAUCGGAGUUUGCAAAGGUGUACGAGAAUCUAUUGGGCGAUGAGGAGGUGAGGGGGGCGAGGGUCACGGUGCGGGAGGUGGGUGAUAUUGGAAGGUUGGUGUGGCAGAGGAAGUUUUGAGCUGGAUGGAAAGAGGAGUUGGGGUUGCAGGAUGAUGGAUAUGGGCAGAGUGUAUGGGAUCUGCUAGCAUGGGCCUGGGUGAGAAGUCUACGUAGCGAAUAUAGAUCGACUAUGAUGUGGCUCUUCUUACAUCAAUUACGGGCUGAGAGUUCUGACGACAUGUAACAUGGAGAGUGAGAUUCUGUUCACAGGCACUGAUGUCU